AUGAAACUCCCGCGAGAGGUUUCAUCUGUGGAACUUCCACACUCGCGAAGAGGCUCCUUUGCGCAUUUGAGCGGCACCUACACUAAACUUUACCCUUCAAACAAAGAGGGACAAGAGGUCGAUAUCGGCGUGCCACGUUUUACCAAAGAGGAACGCUGCUCAGCGUGUGUGAAUUCCACCUACAUCCACCAUUUCUCCUCUCAUGUCCCCACAUGUCUCCCGCGUCCGCAACGCUUUACCCUAACACAACCGCACCAAUCUACCGUACGCCUUGAUCACCUUGAAACACUUUUUGACGCAUCUAUUUUUUCCACAACGCACUUUACUGUAACAAGCAACAGCACUAAGGGUGCAUACAGUAUUGCACGUCUACAGACUUUCUAUCUUGACAGGGCGCCCACUUUUGUUGUGCCGCGACUCCACGUGACCAGCCAACGAGCACAACUUCUACUUCAUCUCAAACAACACGAACACCCGUGCGGUAACAGUAAGCUCUCCUGUAGCGAUGGGCACCGAGUCGGCCGAAAACGCACUAGCCUUCAGCCGCUGUGA